CAGGACUUUUAUAAGGAUACACUGAAAAUAUGGAGAACAGAGCCCUACUAUAUUUUGUGACGCUACUGGUUAUUGCACAUACCGGACUUUCGUAAUAAAUUGCACAAUAUGGAGAACGGAGUCAUACUACCUUUGGCGAUGCUACUGCUUAUUACAGAGACCGCAUUGACCGGUGCUAAUUACCAGAAUGAUAUCACAGUACAGUCAGGACCAGUCGAAGUUAAGCAAGGACAGAACGUCAGGCUGUGGUGCAAACUGAAAUACGACCCUAAUAAAGUAGUGCCGGUAGUCUGGCAUACGCCGCCAAAUUUCAAAACAAGAACCAGUGAUUGUACUUCCUUUGUGAAGAAUAAAUACAUCAUGUCAUGUUCAGACACUAAGGACCCUUUUGGAUAUUAUAAUAUGACAAUAAUGGAUGUCCAAUGGGCCGAUAAUGGGAAAUAUCGGUGUCUGUAUAUCAACCAUAUGGACAUUGUGGAUUUACACGUUUUGGUUCCGGUUACAGUCGUGACACUAAAGGAAGUUGUCGAGACUACAUCUGAAGAACCACGGCUCUUGCAAAAGAAAAUAACCUGCACAACAAACUGUGCAUAUCCGGCACCCAAGAUUUCAUGGCUUGUGAAUGACCAACUCUUUAACCUCAUACCGACUGUCCAAGAGUUAGACUGCUCUGGGGCCAAAGACGGCCAGAAACAGACUAUGACCACGGUGUUAGUAAUGAGCACAGACAUGGAUAAGGAGAGAACAGAAUAUAACAUUACGUGUACAGCAGAUAACGUUGUUGGAGAGCCAAAUGUUUCAGAGGCAAUUGUUUUCAAUAGUGAUGAAUUGACCGGUGUGUAUUCCCUGAACGAUAUCACAGUACAGCCAGGACCAGUCGAAGUGAAGCAAGGAAAGAACGUCAGUCUGUGGUGUAAACUGAAAUAUGACCCUCAUAAAGUGGUGCCGUUAGUCUGGCAUUCGCCGCCAAAUUUCAAAACAAGAACCAAGGAUUGUUCUUCUUUUGUAAAGGAUAAAUAUAUCAUGUCAUGUUCAGACACUGAGGACCCUUUUGGGUAUUAUAAUAUGACAAUAAUGGAUGUCCAAUGGGCCGAUAAUGGGGAAUAUCGGUGUAUGUAUACAAAACAUAAGGAUAUUGUGGAUUUACAAGUUUUGGUUCCGGUAACAGAUGUGUCACUAAAAAAAGUCGUCAAAAGCUUUGCUGCAGAGCCCCAGCGCUUGCAUGAGUACUUAACAUGCAGAACAAACUGUGCAUUUCCGGCACCAAAGAUUUCAUGGCUUGUAAAGGACCAACCGUAUUAUCCCAACGCAAGGGUAACAGAAUAUGGCUGCUCGGGGGCCAAGGAGGGCCAGCAACAGACUGAGAGCAGAGUGAGAGUAGAGAGCGCAGACAUGGAUAAGGAGAGAACAGAAUAUAACAUCUCGUGUACGGCAGAAAACGUUUUUGGAGAGCCAAUUGUUUCAAAGGCAAUAACUGUCAAUAAUGUUGUUCCGGUUACAGAUGUGAUACUAGAAAAAUUUGUUAGGACAGGCACAGAGACUCGGCGCUUGCAUGAGUACUUCCCGAUCACCUGCAUCGCAAACUGUGCAUCUCCGAGACCCAAGAUGUCAUGGCUUGUAAAUGACCAACCAUUUAAUGGCAAUGCGACGGUCACAGAGUUGGGCUGCACAGGGGCCAAGUACGACCAGAAACAGACUAUGAGCACACUCAUGAUGGUAAUGAGCACAGACUCAGAUAUGGAGAUAAAAGAAUAUAACAUUACGUGUACGGCAGAAAACGUUGUUGGAAAGACAAAGGUUUCUAAGUCAAUGUCUGUCAAUAAUGAUGUACCCCGGCCAGUAACUCCCAGUCCACCCCUGCACGGAGUGGUUGUAGGGUUCGUCGUGAUGUCGGCACUAUCAUUGAUUUUGAUUGUCCUUGGUGUGAGCGUUAAAUAUCUUCGGGCGCAUAAAGAUUAUUCAUCAAGGGAAGCCCGGUUCCAUGAACAUUCGGCUCCUCCAAAAUAUGAGAAGAAUGAUGGGAUCAAAUACCAUAAUGUUUCGACAUCUGCGCAUGAUUUUGACAACGCUCAUAAUGAAGAGGGUGAUUUAUCAAGGGCAGUCUGGUCCGAUGCACGUUCGGUUCCUAGAAAACGUGGGAAGUAUAAUGGGAUCAAUUACCGUCGUGUUUUGACAGUUGCGUUCGAGGAGAAUAUCGCUUCCGAUGUACAUCAUGAAGAGGUAUCUACAUUCAAUGAGCAACCAUAUUGGUAGUGUACACCAUAUCAGCAAUCUUGAAUUUUGUCAGCUGCCGUGUAUUACUCUUGAUAUCACGACAAUAUUUCAUCUUCUCCGUGAUACAUAUCAUAGCAGUCUUUCUGCACUUCAUGAUUUCUAACUUCACUAUCGUCGAGGAUGGUAGGCAACUUGUCUGUAAAUCUACGUCAUCAAUAUCUUUGGCAGCAAUCGUUGCCAUGUUCUAACGGUUGCAAGAGAUGUCAUCAACGCUUUUUUAGAUGACUAUAAAAACGCUCCUUCUUACAUUUUUUUCUGAUGUCUCUUGGUCAUGAAGCGUAUAUCUUCUUAUUAUUCUGAAAGCUAGAGCACUUUUGAUCAAUGUAGUGUGGUGUAUUCAUGUUAUCAAAUGGGAGUUAUGGUGACUCUCCAGUGUGUCAUGUAUAUAUUGUAUUAAUAGACGUAUGUGUGUUUUGGUGUAUUUGGAUUCAGCAUAUUUCCCAUUGUAAUAUAUUGUAUGUUCAGUUGUCAGAUUGUGAUUGAGAUAAUGUUAAUUUAUACAGUCAUGUAGUCAUGGAAGUAGUGCGCUGAAGAUAGAUGGGGGUCAGAUGGGGUUUUAUUUUUUGGAAAUAACAAAUAAGGGUGUGUGUCGAUCAGCAGCAGAAUUUUAGGCAGAUAUGACCUCUAGGCCCUGUUUUGCUUUAUACACAUGGCCAAGUAGUUGGGCAUGAGUGGGCGUUUUUGAUUAGGACCUCCCGAGUAUUGGUAAGUUUUGGAACUAGUAUUAUGUCAGGGUAUGUUGCUUUUCGGAUAAAUAUAAAGUUUAUUUUGACCACUCCGUAGAAUAUCAUAAUAUAACCAUGUUUGAUCAACCUCGUUGAAAGGUUAUUGGUAUAUAUCUAUUUCUUUGUUUAUUGUUAAUUGUAUUAUACAUUGGAAUUUAAAGGCACAGACGGCUUCAAACAAUUAUUUCUGUUUUAAUUUUGGUAAACUUGAUAUGUAUCUAGACAUUCCAUUAUUCAGGAGCCUGCCAAUGGACCGAUGUAACUCUGACAAAUGUAAUGAAAAUAAUAAUAUUUUUAGUGCCACUAUCAAAAAGUGACCAAUAACAUAAUACAAAACUCUUUUGGUAUACUAUAGUCCACUACAUGUAGCAGCCAAAGAGGAAAUCUUUCAUCUUUCUCAUGUGAUACAUAUCAUGGUUUCUUCUGUGAUAAAUAUCAUGGUUUCUUCUGUGAUACAUAUCAUGGUUUCUUCUGUGAUAAUUAUCAUGGUUUCUUCUGUGAUACAUAUCAUGGUUUCUUCUGUGAUAAAUAUCAUGGUUUCCUCUGUGAUAAAUAUCAUGGUUUCUUCUGUGAUACAUAUCAUGGUUUCUUCUGUGAUAAAUAUCAUGGUUUCUUCUGUGAUACAUAUCAUAGCGUUUAUUUGCUGCACUUAGUGAUUUCUAACUUCACUCUCAUCGGGUAUGGUAGUCAACUUGUUUGAAAGCGAUACAAGACCACGUUUGAUCAAAGAAGUUGGUGUAGUUAUUUUAAUAAAUGGAAGCAGAGCCUUUCAAAAGACUCUGGUGGGGGUUAUCACUGUGAUUUGCAUCUUUUCCCCAUAUAUUGUAUUCAUACACGUACUAUGUACAUGUAUACAUGUAUGUAAAAUAUAUAAUUUUGUAUUAUUCAUUUUGUAUAUUUCCCAUUGUAAUAUGCCAGUAGCUGAAUUAUAGGAAGGUGUUCUAGGCCUUAUAUGACCCUAUUUUCAUAAACGAAGGUCGUUGGGGAGGAGUUUGUGUUUUUGAUUACCCCCCCCCCCCCCCCGGGAGUUUGGUGAGUUUUGGACAUAUUAGUGCCAUAUGACAAGUUAUUACGUCGCUUUUCAGGGAAAUAUAAAGUCAACCCUUGACAACUAUGUAGUAAUGUAUUACCCAGCACUUGAUGAUGCAUGUACUUCCCCAUUAUAAUUUCAUUAUAGUUUCAUAUUGUUUCAACAACUAUGUUAAAACAAAUGUUGCGUGAAACGACAUUUUGGUUUGCUGACCAGACAUUUCUGUAUGUUUCUGAACUGAUGUCAUCUGUCAUAAUCAUCUAAUGUGUGUAAAUAUGCAAUCCAUUUUGCUCCUUAGCGUGAAUUUUGAUGCAUUUUCAAUUGAACUUGUAUUUAUAUUGUGAGAUAUUUUAUUGGCGAGACUAGUACAGUUCUGCAAUUGAUUGAUUAAAAUCACUGAAAAAUUAUACUCAUUUGCCAGUAAAAACUUAUCAGGUGGAAAUGCGAGAGAACAAACGCCUUUGCUGGUCUUGAGUUUGUAAUUAGGCAUGCAACACUUGCUGUUGAAAUUCCGCUCACUUCGUAACCAGCAUUAAAAAAAGGCUCUGUUUUCGCUCUUUUCGACAUAGUCGUACAUGUCUAAUCAGUGCCCUUAAAUAAAGUAAACUGUAAUGUUGUGACCUUAAGUGUUGAUGUGGAAAUGCACAGAGGGGGUUAGAUUUUGCGGGCAAAUGUAAUACUAAAAAUUCGUAUCAACCGAGGAGUGAUUCAACACAAAAUUUUGCUAACACGUCCUAUAUCGACAAACUCAUUUGUAGAAUUAUGUGUCAUGCUGUAAUAAUAUUUCUUAGCCAGUUCUAUGCAUUUUGAUAUUUGUAAAUUAUACUCUAAAAGUGCCUGAUCUCAAGAUGAACGCUUUAAAACGAAAUUACCAAUUCUUCGCCACAGGUGCAAGGUUAUCAGAUUGUAAGACAACGAAGUUAAUUAUUAAAGCGAGCGAAAGUUUGAUGAGAGUCAUGGAUGGGGUGGAUCUAUCUUGGAGAUAAAAGUGGUAUAGUUGAAUUUUCGGGAGAUUAGUUAGGUCUUUUUCGGGCUUAUGAUUAGAUAUUUUGGCAUGACAUGGUUUUUAGUACCUAUAUAGUUGCAUGACAUUUGGAAUAUAUCAGUAUCAUUUUUGAUUUACAUAAACUCUACCGCUAGCCCCUUUGUUGUAAUGCGGCGAUUGCAUCAUCUCAUACUUGACCAACCUUCUUACCAGGAUAUUUAUAUUGGAAUAAAUUAGUCUGUGGAAUGGGCUGGAGCAAUGAGGAUGCCAAGUCGUGCUAGCAUGACUUGCCAUGGGAGGUAGCCCGAACCUCAAAUAAAGUCACCUAGAGACUAAGCAUGAGAUGUAUCUUAUUCCUCCCCUUGCAAAUCCCUCUUUUCUACCUGUAGCCUUUUUACGCUUUGUUCGCGAGUGCGCUUCGCGAAAGGUUGUUUAUGCAGUAAUUAUGAAAGGGUCAACUUAACAACAUUGUCUGGUGUUUCGGGCGGAGUUAUGAUGCUGUAGAUAUGCGUGAUGUAAAUAAUUACUGUUAACAACUUGGUUCUACAUCAUUGUUUGAGCUCAGUGUUUAGUAAUAAACUUAUUGAUAUAUGA